GAGAGAGAGAGAUAGGGCUAUUGGGGAUGGCGGCGAUUCGAUCGGUCCUGGCGAUGGUCGGCCGCCGUAGCUGCGGGUCUUCUGGUUCCACGGCGGCCGCGUCCUUCGGCGGAACAGGGAUGGAGAUUCACCAAGUCUUCCGCCACUCGGCGCCAAGGACGCCGCCGCUGCCGUCUCUUCGCCCGGCUGGACAUAGCCUCGAGAGCUAUCGGCGUUUCUCAACUGGGGGUAGGGUGCCAGCAGAUGAAGCUGAGAAUGGUCUGCGUAUGUGGUGGCAUCGGUGCAUGUACCGGAUUAAAAAUGCUGAUCUAGAACAGAGGAGCAAGUUCUUGGUUUGGUAUUCAACUUUUGUUUUAGUGUCAACGACCUGCUAUAUGAUGAAGACAAGGAAGGCCCUCCGUCGCAUAAAGAUAUAGUGAAGAACCAAGACUGCAUCAAGCUGUCGGCUUGAUUGCACUUUCGUAGUUGGUGCUAUUUAUCCUAGUAUCCUAGUAAUCCCUUCGUUGACUAAUAUGUUAAUUUUACUGGCAAACAUCUGUAGCAUAUGACCAGAGUUGAUCGAUGUAUUCUCGUGCAAUGUUUAUGGUCGGAUGACUUGUAAGCUGUCGGCUUGAUUGACCUUUCGUAGUUGGUGCUAUUUAUCCUAGUAUCCUAGCAAUCCCUUUGUUGACUAAUAUGUUAAUUUUACUGGCAAACAUCUGAAGCAUAUGGCCAGAGUUGAUCGACGUA